ACAAAACACAAACACUUCAUUUCAUUCCCAUUUACUAUUUCUCAUUUCUCUUUUUCUUAAUCACACUUUUCUGUUACACUUUCAAACAAACUCUCUCAUUACUUCUUCUUCACCAACUUUCUCUCUCUAAAAUCAUCACUCCUUUCUCUCUCUACAACCUCCAUUUCCAUCUUCCUCCUCUUCUCUCAAUCGAUCUCAUCUCUUUUUUUUCUUCUGCGAUUGUAGUUCCAACGAUGGGACAACAAUCGUUGAUCUACAGCUUCGUCGCUCGCGGUACCGUCAUUCUCGCUGAAUACACUGAGUUUACCGGUAACUUUACCGGUGUGGCGGCGCAGUGUCUCCAGAAACUUCCUUCUUCUAAUAACAAGUUUACUUACAACUGCGAUGGCCAUACUUUCAACUACCUCGUUGAUAGUGGAUUCACUUACUGUGUUGUUGCUGCUGAGUCUGCCGGACGGCAGACUCCCAUUGUUUUCCUUGAACGUGUCAAGGAUGAAUUUUCCAAGAAAUAUGCUGGAGGAAAAGCUGAAAAUGCAGCUGCCAAGAGUCUGAAUAAAGAGUUUGGAUCUAAGUUGAAGGAGCAGAUGCAGUACUGUGUUGAUCACCCGGAGGAGAUUAACAAGCUUACCAAAGUGAAAGCUCAGGUUACAGAGGUCAAAGGAGUUAUGAUGGAAAAUAUUGAGAAGGUUCUGGACCGUGGGGAGAAAAUUGAGCUUUUAGUAGACAAGACAGAGGACCUUCGCUCUCAGGCACAAGAUUUCAAGCAACAGGGAACCAAGAUUAGGAGAAAGAUGUGGUUCCAGAAUAUGAAGAUAAAGCUAAUAGUUCUGGGUAUCAUAAUUGCCAUAAUUCUCAUCAUUGUUCUUUCUGUCUGUGGUGGCUUCAACUGUUCUAAAUGAAUCUUUCCAUUGUUAGCUUUAAUUGUGUCGGUGUCCCCUCACUCGAUAAGAUUUUCGGUAGCUGAUUGCCAUUGCCUCUACUAUCUUCGUAGUGCUUUUGAUAUUUUGGGAUUUACAUUCUUCCUACAUCUACGAUUAGAUCAGUAUUAUGACAUUGUUUGUAUAGUGUGCAAUGGUUUAGUCUCGACUUCACCAUUUUGUCUCCCAUAGUGGUAGUGCUAAUUUGUCUUUCUCUAUGUAGUUUAGGCGGGAGUUUUCAGCAUUUCUUGUGAGGAUUAUGAUGUUUUCUCUAUUAGAAACCAGCCAUUGCUUAGUUAAAUUUCAUAUUGCCUAUUUUUCUUUACAA